UUAGAAAAACAAUACACAAAUCACACUUCGCAUUGGUCCGGCCAAGGUAAUAUUUUGCUACGUUAUUUUGUAUUUCCUAUCACGAACACGCAAGUGAGCUUAUAUAAAGAGAGUAUUACCUAAAGCAAAGAUCGAAAUUCACAGAGUGUCAGCCGCUAAGCUAAAGAUGUUUUCGAAGUCUCGUUUUUUGGCCGCUUUCGUCCUGAGUAUGUGCGUAUUCCUCUCAGGUCUUCACGUCAAAGGAACAAAUGCAGCGACAAUUCGCCAAGCCGUGACAACGGUCCCCCCCAGUACAACCCAGGCUGUGACGAGAAAUACUACAGCUAACUCCACCACAACUGAAGCUUGUGCAGACGAGAACAGGAGUUGUUCACGGUGGUUCAAAUUUGGCUACUGCUACAAUGGUUACGUUUUUGGUUACAUGAGAAAAGUCUGUAAAAAAACCUGUGGCUUUUGUGGACACAUGACCGCAGAAUGUCGUGACAAGUAUUAUUACUGUCCCACUUGGGUCAGACGCAGACCAUCCGCCUGUACGAUGACAUUUUAUCAGAUAAGAUGUCCAUAUACCUGCGACGCCUGUGAAGAAUGAAGGGAAGCUUUGGUAGCUCGAGAACAACGAGAAUCUUAGGCUUACAAGCGAAGCCUGUUGUUCACGUUGUUUGAAGGUUUCCGACCGAAAGUUCUACUGAUUUUAUCUACUUUUAACAUAGACUUCAUGCAGUUUUAGACUUUUAGCUGGAUGGUAAACAGAAUAGAAUAUUAUAAGAAAAUAUUACAAGCCGAUGUUUAAAUAUUACGUCAAUCAUGUAGAGGUAAAAAGGAGGUGGGGUAGACAAAUUCCCCACUCCCCCUGAACCCCGGUGCUCCGUGGUCCAGGCAAAAUAGAGGACAAGUCAUAUAAUUCUGGUAAAUGUAUUGGAACUGACCUAUUUUUCUAUUAUUCUCUGACCCGUUUCAUUUUCACGAAACUUCCUUCGAAUAUCAAGUACUGAUAAAGCACUCGUUGUAAAGUGUGAUCUGUAAUGUAAAAUAAAAUUUUAGCAAC